AUGAUGAUGCCGCUUCGCACAACACCAUCCCUCCCACCCAUCGCCGCUCUGGCCGAAAGCGACUUCAGCGACUCCGAGACAGACAGCUGUCCUAGCGUCCCCCCCAGUAGUCCGCUCUCCUCCGACUUCAUGUCAGAUUUCCUUGACGGCCAAGACCGGUAUCGCGACUCUAACCAGAUUAAACAUUGCAACAACGUCCAGGAGAAACGCAACAGGAGGUACAGCAGUCACGAUGACGGUCGUAAUUUCAAUCGCGAUGUCAAGUUUGAUGCCCGCGAACCUGACCGGUUCAGUGGCCCUGUACCUGUAACUCCCGUUACUUGCGUCGUCAGACUCCCUGAACUCAAGGUCGACCGUCGCGAUGCAGCAUCACCCCAACGCGACGUUGCACACCGUAGCACAGGAAGUCCCAGGAACAGCGACCGCAGCCUCAAUUCCUUCGAGAACAGCUACAUGUGCAUCAACCAAGGCGUCAAGACACCCGAACGCGGCAUCAGUGGCAAUCGCGAGGGCAUGUCCCUCAAAGAAUACAGGUUCCGCCACUUCGACGUUAAAGUCGCCCCACCGGAUGACACAGCGCCCCCCUACGCCCCAGGCAUGCAGACCGAAACCGAACCCGUGGCUAAUGUCGUCCUCAACCCGGAUACCAACUCAGUCCCUGACCAACCCCGUCGAAGGGCGCGAGCCCGAUCGGUCACCUACGAGCCAACUAUUUUCCGAUGCGUCCAACCCGACUGCGACGAGCACUUCGAAACUCUUGACGAGGUAAUAGCGCAUACACCUGUACACAGGGGCCAGUUUGGGGAUAAGGACAGUGUACGGUGCGCCUGGCCGGACUGCAACUGGACUAGCAACAUGGUAGGUAACGCGAAGAGGCAUUUUUUGGUCAUCAAGCAUAAGAAGAAAGGUUUUGUUUGCGAUGAAUGCUCCGAGAUGUAUACGAGGAAAGAUGCGUUGAAGAGGCAUCAGAUAAAGAGGCAUAAUCAUCGAACGGAUGAGGAUGCUGCUUUGGAUGAGAUGAUGAGGCUGCUCAGGGACUCGGAGGACACGGAUUGA